CUUUAGACUCGUGAACCCUAAAUCCCCAAAUUUAUUUAAUCGCGGUUAGUCGUUAACCGAUACCACCGCCGGCGCAACCACCUCGAAUUAAAGCAACAUAAACCAUCGGAAAAAAGGAUAAGGUAAAACAAUGUUCAGUGUCCAGCCAAUACUGUCGCUACCACCUCCGCCGUCUGAUGAAAAUAUGGCUGCUCCUCCGGUCUCACCAGUUCCGACCACGGCGGCGGUUGCAACGCAUACCAGAACUAUUGGCAUAAUUCAUCCGCCAAAAGAUAUCCGAGAUAUCGUUUAUAAAACUUCACAAUUUGUGGCGAAAAAAGGCCCCGAAAUCGAGAAGAGGAUCAUCGCUGACUAUUCCGGUAGUACAAAACUUAAUUUCCUGAAACCCUCCGAUCCUUACCAUGCUUAUUAUCAGCAUCUCUUGGCCGAAGCUCGGGCUGAUCCUGAUAAGCAGCCAUCUGAAUCCACAGAUUCAGCCGCAUCUCCUCCGGCCCCGGUGGCGGCUCCUUGCACCCCUGUUUAUAAGGUUCUUGAACCGCCGGAGGCAGAGCAAUAUACUGUUUUCCUUCCCGAGGGUAGUGACGGAGAGGAAUUGGACAUAAUUAAACUUGCUGCUCAGUUUGUAGCCAGGAAUGGAAUAUCCUUUUUGACAGGCCUGGCUAAUAGGGAACUCACAAAUCCUCAAUUUCAGUUUCUGAGAACAACUAAUAGCAAGUUUGUGUUUUUCACAUCUCUUUCGGAUGCUUAUUCGAAAAUAUUGCAGCCUCCGAAGGGUUUGAUUGAUAAGCUCAGGAACAGUGUGGUUGACAGGACUACAGUGCUGGAACACUGUCUUCGCCGGUUGGAAUGGGAUCGUUCGCAGGAGCUGGCGAGGCAGAGAGCCGAAGAGGAAACGGAGCUGGAACGGAUGCAGAUGGCCGCGAUCGAUUGGCAUGACUUUGUUAUGGUGGAUAUUAUAGACUUUGCAGAUGAUGAGGAUGAAGAUUUACCCCAUCCAAUGACCCACGAGGAGGUUAUUCGAAUGAGCAAGGUGUCAAGUAGUGGAGGAAAAGAAGAAGAUUUUGUUGAUCCUGGGAAGGAAGUAGCAAUGGAAAUGGAUGAAGAGGAGAUGGAGCUUGUGAAGGAGGGAAUCAGGGCUGCUGAAGAGAAUGAAUUGCCAAUGAGAAUUGUGAAAAAUUGGAAGAGGCCUGAGGAUAGAUUACCUAAUCAAAGAGAUCCAAGUCCAACUACUGUUGUUAUAUCUCCAAUAACUGGCGAACGGAUUCCCAUCAAUGAGAUGUCUGAACAUAUCAGGAUUUCCCUAAUUGAUCCAAAAUACAAGGAGCAGAAGGAAAGGAUGUUUGCGAAGAUCAGAGAUACAACUCUCGCACCAGACGACGAGAUCACUAAGAACAUUGUUGGACUUGCGCGAACAAGGCCUGAUAUUUUCGGUACCACUGAAGAGGAAGUUUCAAGUGCUGUCAAAGCCGAGAUUGAAAAGAAAAAAGAUGUUAUAUGGGAUGGUCACGCAGGCAGCAUUGCCCCAACAAGGAAUCAGGCACAUUCGCACACUUCCGGAAAAGACCCGAUUGAAGCUAACAUGGAAACGAGAAAUCUUCCAGGUCCUGUAGCCGGUAUUCCAUCUAUUCAAUCGCUUCCUCCACCACCUACUUUUCGGCCUCUGCUUCCUCUGAUUAACAUGCCCCUGAAUCCACCGGCACCAGGACCUUUUGUUCACAUGCCAAUCUUUCAGCCUGGCAUCCAUAUGCCUCCCCUACUGCCUUCACCUGACGAUGCUCCUCCGCCUCCUCCUGAAGAGCCAGCGCCAAAACGGCAAAAACUGGAUGAUUCUGCUCUCAUCCUUGAAGAUCAAUUUUUGGCUCAGUAUCCAGGACCUGCUCGUAUCAACGUCUCUGUCCCUAAUCUUGAUGGACGCAGAAUUAAGGGUAAUGUACUGGAGAUCACGAUGCAGUCCCUCUCUGAAACCAUUAGUAGCCUGAAAGAACAAAUUGCUGGAGAGAUUCAACUUCCUGCUAACAAACAGAAGCUGAGCGGAAAGGCUGGCUUUCUGAAAGACAAUGUGUCACUUGCAUACUAUAAUGUUGCGCCUGGGGAUACACUGGCACUCUCUCUUAGAGAACGCGGCGGAAGAAAGAGAUGAGCUGCUUUCGGUCGCCAUGGCUUCAAAACAUUCUCCUUCGCCAAGUUGUCUCGAGUUAAUUUUUUUAUUUUUAAUUUUUUUUUUCCUUUUUAUGCCACAUUUGUUUUUGGUAUUCUGACAAAUUUGUUCAAGUGCUUUUCUGGGACGAUGCAUUCUCCACGUAUGAAGUGCUGCUAUCAGGAGAUGUUUAUGUUAUGUCUGGUUUAUCCAAAGGUAUUUACGCGGUCAAAUUUCGUAGUGGCUUUCUUUUUGAUUGAAAGAAAAGUUUCUGUGAGUCGAACAUCAUCACCUCCC